CGACGACUGACUGCCUGGCACAUAUACAAGCAUGAACGCGUUGAUCACGAGUUGAACACAACAAACACUGUCUUGGUAGGGUAUCCUCCCGAAACAAUGCCAUUGCAGUGGCGUGUGUCAUCCGAUCCAUCCAUCCAUCGACACAAACAAGGGUCUCUCUUUUAACAUGCAAUCACCACCCUGUCGGUCUGUCUGUCUGGCUGGCUACACCUUCUCGUAUUCGAGCUUGCCCUCGAGCUUCUUGGUCUCGGCCAACUUGCGCGCAGCCUGGCAGGCACCCACACACACACCGACACACACGAGAGGCAGGCAGAUCCACACGCACGAGAGGCAGGGCGCGGCGCGGCGUAUCGACAGGCGCUGGCUGGCUGACUGACCUUGUAGAAGUCCUCCUCAACGACGUAGUCGCGUUCGGCCCGGAUGGCAAACAUACCUGCCAUUGUGAACAGACAAACAAUCAGAAAAAUGGGCGGUGUGCAGUGCGGUGUGUUGACCCCACCGCCCCCCCACCUGCUUCGGUGCAGACAUUUCUGAGGUCCGCGCCGUUGAAGCCGUCACACAGCUUGCAGAUGGACUCGAAGUCUGCGCAUCGACACGACACAGGCGUCAGGUGUGUUUUGCUGUGGCCUUCAUCUAUCUAUCUAUCUAUCCGUUCGUUCGUUCGUUCGUUCAUUCCUACCGACGUCGCCGUGUUUGGUGAUGGCAUUGGCAUGGAUCUUCAAAAUGUCCACCCGGGCGCUCUCAUUCGGCAGCGGGAUCUCGAUCUUACGAUCUGAGCAGAGAACACACACACAGACAUUUUGUGUGCACAUGUGUGAAUGGCGGGUGUGUUCUCUCUCUCUCUGUGUGUGUGUGGCCCACAUACCGAGUCUGCCUGGUCUGAGCAGGGCGGGGUCGAGAAUGUCGGGCCGAUUGGUGGCCAUGAUGAUCUUGACCGAACCCAACUCGUCAAACCCGUCCAACUGAUUCAACAGCUGCACACACACACACAGGGGAAACCGAAACACACAGAGGGAGGUCUCUGUUGAGAAUGCAAAGCGGCGAUUGUGUGCUGACUGGCUGACCUCCAUGAGUGUCCUCUGGAUCUCUCUGUCGGCCGAUGUGCCCUGUGAGAACCGCCGGCCGCCGAUGGCGUCAAUCUCGUCCAUAAAGAUGAUGCACGGCUGGUGCUCCUUGGCAUAACCUGAUGUAUGUCGGAAUUUAACAAACCACACACACAUGGAUGGAUAGGGGGAUGAGCUCGAGGCGGUGCCGGCAACAGCGUUCGCUCACCGAACAUCUCCCGGAUGAUGCGGGCGGACUCGCCGAUGUACUUGUCGACAAUGGCCGAGGCGACGACCUUCAAAAAAUUACACGACAUGUUGGACGCCAUCGCCCUGGUGCAGACAGACAGACAGACACCACACCGACACAUGGACACAUAUGGCAGGGGAAACGAUUGCCGUGUGGUGGUGGUAGUGUGUUGUGUGGAUGGUGACCUGGCGAGGAGCGUUUUGCCGGUCCCCGGCGGCCCGUAGAGCAGCACGCCUUUGGGCGUCUUGAUGCCCACUCGCUUGAACAGCUCCGGGUUCGUCAGAGGCAGCUCCACCACCUUGUUGACACACACAUACACACAUACACACAAUGCAGACAGAGGUCAAGAGGUGCAUCGAGAGCGUCUCCGUCCGCUGACCCAACGGACGCACCUCUCUCAUCUGUCUGAUUUGUUCGGUGAGUCCGCCGACUUCGGUGUAGGACACCUUGCCGGGGUCCUCGUGGAGCAUAUUGUACACCAUGGGGUCGACCUCCCGCGGCAAACUCCUCAUAAUCGUCAGAGUCGUCAUGUCCUGAUGAUCGAUGGAUGCACCAGCCAGACGCGCUGGUUGUUCUUGUCAUCUUGGUGUCUGUGUCUGUGGGUAUACUGACUGACCAGUGCGACUCGGACACCCGAUGUGAGCGUGGCUUUGUCGAGCUUGGGCUUGCAGCCAACCACAUAGCGGGGGCCGCUGCUCGCCUUCACUAUGACUGGUCCACCACAGCCACACACAGAGGGAAAGAAAGAAAGACAGACACACGUGUGUCCAAGUGGUCUCUCCCUCCCUCAAUCUGUGUGUGUCGUGUCGUGCAGGGUGCGGUGCACCCGUACAUCGUUCCUCGUCGAGUUGCCUGAGCACUUCGCCGAUGAUCUGCCCCACCGACUGCAGGGCUUUGAGGUCCUCCUCAGUCUUGUCAAACUCCUUCUGCAGAUCCUUGACCGUCUCACGGACUGAUCCCACCACACAUAAACACAAAACACAGAGAGAGAAGGAGACCACCGUCUGCUUGCGCCACGCAUGAUCUGUCUGUCUGCCUCUCCUCCCUCCCUCCCUCUCAUCGCACAAGUACCCGUCUUGAGUUUGCUCUCCACUUCUCUGUGGUCCUGCACCUUCUUGACAUAGUCUUUCAGCGCCUUUUGCCGCCGCUCAUCGACUGCUGGAGCUGGAGCCAAAGGGGCAGCAGGUGUCGGUGUGGCCGCGGGAGCAUCCCCGGCGGGCGGCUGUGCGGCGGGAGGGGGUGGACUGCUGUCAGCCAUGAGGAAAGCGAUAGAUGAGCUGACGCACAGACUCUG